CACCACACCCCGAUGCCCUCCACUGGAGAAGCCACCAAGACAAGAGCAUCAUCACAAAGAAGAGGCAUGAGCUUUCAAUUAUGAAGGUUGAAAAUCAGUCAGAAGGCAAGAAGAUGGAGCAUCUGGAGGCAAAGCAACAGAAUGUGAAGGUGGAAACUGAGAUGGGAGAAGAGAAGAAGGAAGAAAGCGAAGGUCUCAUUGUAUUCUUCAGUUCCUACCAGGACCUUUUCCAAUUUUUUUGCAACAAUACAACCAUCCAUGGUGCCAUCCGGCUGGUUUGUUCUAAGAAGAAUAAGAUGAAGACUGCCUUUUGGACAGUCCUUUUUUUCCUGACUUUUGGCCUCUUGUAUUGGCAGUUUGGAAUCAUUUAUAAAGAUUAUUUCAGCUUUCCAGUCAACUUGAAUUUGAACCUGAACUCUGAUAGGCUUACCUUUCCUGCUGUCACACUAUGUACUCUCAAUCCUUAUAGGUAUAGUGCUUUUCGGAAAGAGAUGGAAGAAUUGGAUCAAAUGACCCGACAGACUCUUCUGGAGAUGUACAAAUACAAUAUGUCUUUGGAGCAUAAAUCCUCUCAGAAACGCAUCUCUAGGAGUCUAUACGAUCACAUCCAGCGCUACCCAUUGCAUCGACGCAAACGUGAUAUACGAGCCUCGGAUGACAACAACCCUCAAGUGGGCAAAAGACAAUCAAGCAUUGGUUUCACCCUGUGUAACGAAAACAAGACAGAUUGUUUCCAGCAAAUGUAUUCUUCUGGUGUGGAUGCUAUACGGGAGUGGUACAGUUUUCAUUACAUCAACAUUUUGGCAAAGUUCCCUGACACUAAGGCCCUCGAGGAAUCCAACUUCACAAGCUUCAUCUAUGCCUGCCGAUUCAACGAAGUGACAUGUAACAAAGCGAACUAUACACAUUUUCACCACCCUAUUUAUGGGAACUGCUACACAUUCAACGACAAUAGCAGCACUUUGUGGAUGUCCUCCUUGCCUGGGAUCAACAAUGGCCUUUCUCUUGUUGUUCGCACAGAGCAAAACGAUUUUAUCCCACUAUUGUCCACUGUGACAGGAGCCCGAGUAAUGGUCCACAAUCAGAAUGAACCCGCCUUCAUGGACGAAGGGGGUUUUAAUGUGCGUCCUGGCAUAGAAACAUCCAUCAGUAUGAGAAAGGAAACCACCCAGCGUCUUGGGGGAAGCUACAGUGACUGCACAGAAGAUGGAAGUAAUGUACCAGUGAAGAACCUAUUCCCAUCCCAUUACACUGAGCAGGUCUGCAUACGUUCCUGUUUCCAGACCAGUAUGGUGGAACGAUGUGGCUGUGGACAUUACUUCUACCCUUUACCCCACGGAGCAGAGUAUUGUGACUCCGCUAAGCAUAUAGCCUGGGGUUACUGCUAUUAUAAACUCCAAGCUGAAUUUAAAGCAGACCACCUGGGCUGCUUCACUAAAUGUCGGAAACCUUGCAAAGUGACAGAGUACCAGCUCUCAGCCGGAUAUUCACGAUGGCCUUCGUCUGUCUCUGAGUCUUGGGUGUUUCACAUGCUGAACCGGCAGAAUAAAUACAAUGUCAUAUCCAAGAGGGAUGGAAUUGCCAAAGUAAAUAUAUUUUUCAACGAAUGGAACUAUAAAAGCAAUGGAGAAUCUCCGGCUUUCACGGUGGUAACAUUGCUUUCCCAGCUAGGGAACCAGUGGAGUCUUUGGUUUGGUUCAUCAGUCCUUUCUGUGGUGGAACUGGCUGAGCUGAUUUUGGAUUUUUUGAUCCUCACAAGCAUCCUGGUUUUCCGUCGGCUGUACUCAUAUCAAUCUUCAGACCUUUAUAUACCCAGCAACUCAAAUAACUCUGUCUUCCACAACGUACUUUCGACUCACAAAACUCCACAAGAAAUACCUGCUGAGACUGGGAUUGCUGCACUGCCAUCUUAUAAUACCUUAGAAACAUUAGACUUACACAGAGUUUCCUUCAGGAGAACAGAAUAAAAUCCAGACCAGGAUGCUUUGGAUAUGACAUUAUUAUGUACUUUAAUUAAUGCUGACUUAUAGACUCAGCACUUGGAACUAACUUGUUAGCUGGAUUCUCACACCCAGAGAAGACAGGCCUGAAUUUCACCUAAAAGAAUUCUGGAGAUAAAGAUCCAAUGACAUGAAAGCACCUUUCAUUCCCAUUUUGUCCUCGGUGUGUGCAAUUCCUCAAGUCUGUAUCUGUCCACCACCAAACAAAAUUAAAAAGAUGGACGCUGUAUAUUUUUUCCCCUUAUAUUUUGAGAAAUACGUUUCUACAAAUUGAUCUUGGUUGUUGCUUCUCUUUUUGUUUGUUUGUUUGUCUGUUUGUUUGAGGCCACUUGCUGAUCAAAUUAAACUCAAGUGGACAAAGACAUUUAACCCCUUUCUUGUAGGUUAAAAACAAACACAAGAUUUUCGGUAUUUUUCCCAUCCCUUGAGACAGCUAGAACUCUUUGCUGAUUGCAGCCAAGGAUCAGCAUGAAAAUAUGCCCUGGAAACCAAGAAUAGCUAAACAGGAUAUGAAAUCUUCCUAGGACUAGAACAAUCCUAAUACCUGUGUUUCCCUGAAAAUAAGACUGGGUCUUAUUUUCUUUUAGGCUUGAAAAUAAGCACUUGGGCUUAUUUUCGGGGAGGUCUUAUUUUUUUUGAGGUGCAGGAGGCUGCGAGCACGGUCACUUUAUAGCUGCUGGGCCCCUUAACUGCGGCCCGCAGAUCAGCUGUGGGCCGGGAGUUCUAUCUCUCCGGGCGCCUGGAAAUGUUUCAAGC